AUGAAGCUUGAUUCAUCGAUCUUAAAUAUAUCACACUUCUAUAGUGAAUAAAAUGCCAAAUCUAAUAAGAUUUCAUCCUAAAAGAUUCUUUCUUUAAAGAGUAACAAAGAACUGGUUUACAAAUUAUAAGUUACUAUAAAGUUAUUAAAUUAAAUAUAUUAAACUGACAUUUAGUUGAUAAAACUUGUUUCUUUUUAAACUAAAGAUUCAAUCAGAUCGUACACUAAAAUAACUGUAUCUUACCUUACAACGAGCAAAGUAUUUAUCUAUGGAACUAAUUACGUUAUAUUAAUAUUUGAAUUGUUCUAGUUGAAUUUAUCAUACAAAGCUUCAUAAUAUAUCAUAUCAGGAUAAGUAAAGGCAUGGACAAAUUACUGA